AUGUUACCAUCGGGGACAAAGUAUCAAUUACUACAUACUGCCGGAUCCCAAGAUGUGGCUUUGGGACCUUCGGACUCUUUCGGACUGAGUGGCAUUGACGUGAUAGCUGACAACGAUACUGAACUACGGGAUCGAAAGUCGAAAACGUUCUCCGAAGAUGACGACGACCUGGAACUUCAGGAGAUGGCAGGUGCUGAGAAGUCACAUCUUGAUGCGACAGCAUGGUCCUCCACGACGAGAAGGCAUUUCAUCAUUGGGCUGGUCAUCAUGAUCGUGGUCGGCGGCCUAGAAGGCUCAAUGGCUGGCUCAUUCAGCACAUACGCCCUGUCCGGUCUGAACAAACUCUCCGAAGAAGGCACACUAGACGUAGCCAGCUCGGUCAUUUCCGUCGUGCUCAAGCUCCCGUUCGCCAAAGCAUCCGAUGUCCUAGGCCGAGCAGAAACUUACGCAUUCGCCGUCAGCCUCUACGUGGUGGCGUACAUUGUCGAGACUUUCGCAGGAUCCUUCAACACGUUCGCUCUUGGCGCCGCCGUCUAUACAGCAGGAGCGGCGGGAACUCAUGUUCUCACUUUCGUCUUGAUCGCCGACUUUACUUCGAUGCGGAAUCGAGGAUUGGCGGCUAAUGCGUUCUUUCUGCCCAGUCUGCUCACGCCAGCAGUCUCUGGUAUUCUAGUCGAUAAAGUCGUCAACGGCAUCGGAUGGAGAUGGGGCUACGCUCUCCUCGCGAUCUUCUACCCAGCAGGCGCUUGCUUCCUGGUCAUGACUUUAUUCCGCAGACAACGGGAGGCCAGAAAAGCCGGAGCAGUGGUUAAAAAGAAGAUCAGCUUCCGCGACUUCGCGUUGCAGGUCGAUCUAGGCGGCCUAGUACUCCUGACCCUCGGCCUCGCCAUGGUCCUGGUUCCCAUAACCCUCUCAUCCAAGAGCAGCGGCCACUGGAAAACGGGCUGGGUCCCUGCCCUUUUCGUCCUCGGUAUCACCCUCCUUCUCUGCGGAUGGCAGUACGAACGUCGCAUUGCUCGCCAUCCAGCAGUGCCUGGCAGCUACUUCAAACUCCCCGCCAUCGCCGCGACCCUCUCCGUAGCAAUCCUCGAUGCCAUCGGCUACACCGUGACCCACACCUACCUCUUCCCCUGGUCCGUCGCAGCACACGACCUCUCGCCCCGAGACGCAACCUACCUCAAACACGCCUCCGGCGUCGGCCAAGUAAUCCUCGGCCUCGCCCUGAUGCACCGAAUGCGCGCCUACAAAUGGCUGGCCGUCUUCGGCUCGAUCGUUCGCCUAAUCGGAUACGGCCUCAUGACCCGUCUCCGCACCAACAACAGUACGCUCUUCGAGCUCUUCAUCGGGCAGAUUAUUCAGGGUGCGGGUAGCGGGAUUAUUGAGACGACGAUGAUUGUGGCGAGUCAGAUUGUGGUGCCGCAUGCGGAUGUUGCGAGGAUUACGGCGAUGAUUGCCAUGAGUCUUCAUUUGGGAGGGGGGAUUGGGAGUGCGAUUGCUGGGGGGAUAUAUACCAGCUCAUUUAAGGACCGGCUGCGGUUCAGGCUGGGGAGUGGGGUGGGUGAGGAUGUGAUUGAGAGCGUCUAUGACUCCAUUACGGGCACGCUUCCCGAGUGGGGCAGUGUGCAGAGGGUUGCUGUUAAUGCUGCGUAUUCGGACGUGAUAGGAUACAUGACCUGGGUGGCACUUGUGAUGUGCUUCCCAGUCGUGUUCCUGUUGGCGUUCGUCAUGCCGAAUAACAAGCUCGGCGAUGGGAAAGAUCUGGCUUCGGAGAAGACCGCGGUAGAUGCUGAUGAGCUGAAUGAUGUGCCGUUGCGGACGGCUCAGAUAGCGGCUUAG